AUGGAGGGAAAUAAGCAGAUCAUAUUGAAAGACUACGUGAAGGGUUUUCUAAAAGAAUCUGAUUUGAUUUUGAAAUCCUCAAUUGUUGAACUGAAUGUCUCCAGCGAUUGCAACGGCGCCAUUUUGGUGAAGAAUCUCUACUUAUCUUGCGAUCCGUACAUGCGUGCUCGCAUGGUGAAGAUGGAGGGAAGCUAUAUUGACGCUUUUACCCCUGGUGAGGUUAUUGAGGGAUUUGGAGUUGCCAAAAUAGUGGAUUCUUCAAAUCCAAAUUUCAAGAAGGGUGAUUUGAUUUGGGGCAUGACAGGCUGGGAAGAGUACUCUCUAAUCAAAUCCACCGAGGCUAUAUUCAAAAUUCCUUCUAUUGAUGUGCCUCUCUCCUAUUACACUGGAAUUCUUGGUAUGGCUGGUAUAACUGCAUAUGUUGGAUUUUAUGAGAUUUGCUCUCCGAAGAAAGGUGAAACCGUGUUUAUAUCUGCUGCAUCGGGUGCGGUUGGUCAGCUUGUUGGCCAAUUUGCUAAGCUUUUUGGGUGCUAUGUCGUUGGAAGCGCAGGAUCACAAGAUAAGGUGGAUCUUUUGAAGAACAAAUUAGGGUUCGAUGAUGCAUUCAACUACAAAGAAGAAUCUGAUUUGUAUGCUGCUAUGAAGAGGUACUUCCCUGACGGGAUUGACAUAUAUUUUGAGAAUGUUGGAGGCAAAAUGCUUGAUGCGGUGCUCCCGAACAUGAGAUCCGGUGGGCGCAUCGCGGCUUGUGGGAUGAUAUCGCAAUACGAUGUGGAGGAUAGAGACGCUACACACAACUUGAUAUAUGUGAUUAUAAAGAAAAUCCGAAUGCAGGGAUUUCUGGUGUUCGACUACUUCCACCUCUAUCCUAACUAUUUGGCCAUGGUUGUACCACUCAUAAAACAAGGGAAAUUGGCUUAUCUAGAAGACAUUGUUCAUGGCAUAGAAGCUGCACCAGCUGCUUUAGUUGGACUCUUUUCUGGUCGCAAUCUAGGGAAGCAGCUUGUAGCUGUGGCUCGUGAUUAACUAAUACUAAUCCUAUACAAGUAUUUAAUGUGUGUGUGUGUGUGUAAAAUCCAUUUACCAAUUUAUACUACCUUGUUUAUCAUACUCCCUCGUCCACUAUUAAUUGACACACUUUGACCCAACACGGGUUUUAAGAAAUGUAAUGGGACAGUGGGUUAAAAAAGUUUAUGGAA